AUGAGGUCGCCAGGAGCCCUGGCAAUUGCCGUGGAGGAGUUUCAGAGAGCCGGCGUGUUAGCGGUGCUUAUACAGGAACCGCCGGCCGGGACUCCAGUGCGGUGCGGGGCCUAUGACAUCGUGAGAGACCUCAACGCCAGAAGGCCGCGGGCGGCUUUACUGAUUGCUCAGGGAGUCCCCUACAAGGUGGGCACAGCAGCGGAGGACCACGUCACGGCUGAGGUCAGACCACCGGGUUGGGGACGAUGGAUUGAGCUCACAUCCCUUUACCUGGGAAGGGACAAGGCACUCGAACAUGUACUGGGCAGAGUGAAAGGCGGGCCCUGGUCACUAGUGGGAGGGGACCUUAAUGCUCAAUCCGGCAGCUGGUGCUCCAGAGCGCCGAGCAGACAGCACCAGAACCAGUACGACAGAGAGUCCUGGAGAAGGGGCGCCGAGAUAGACAGGUGGGCUGACUCGGAGAACCUGAGAUGUGUGAACGUCAAUGUGGGACGCGACACCUUCCGCAAUACUAGAUGGGGCUCCGCAAUAGAUGGCAUCUUCUUGGGGGAAGGCCUCGCGGAAUGCUGCGCAAAAGGGGCGGAUGUCAUGGACCUCGCCGUUCCCAGCGACCAUGAAGCCCUUGGGCUCAGUCUCGCACCACCGCGGGACGGAAGGGGAGACAGGCAGAAUGGGCGCACGGCGAAAGGAAGGCGAAAUCCCAAGAGAACGAACUGGGAGAAGUUCAUAGAGCACAUAGACAAGCGCAACUUGGGAACGGAGAUAAGGGACGCGGAGGAGUUGGAAAGAAGAGCAGGACAGCUAGAGAGACGUCUAAAGGACGCGGUGCGCUUAUCCACGCGAAGACAGACCGCUGGGCGCCCGGGUUCCAAGAACUGGUGGAAUGAAGACCUGGAAAAGUUGAGGCGGACAUAUCAGAGGAAGAGAGGUAAGGCACGCAAGAACCCUGAGGUGCCAGCCUUGGCAGAGGCUGAAGUAGAGGCAAGAAGGGCCCUGCUUAAGGGAAUUAAGCAACGCAAACGGGAUGCAGCUAGGAAGGCCAUAGAGGCCAUGGAUGAGGGAGCGGUAAAAAGGUGGGCGAAGCCUAGGGCACUGCAAGAAUGGUUCGAUGCCGAGCAGGCCAUGGACUACUUC